AUUGAACUGCAGUUUCCUGACUCUCUGCUGGCCAGGCUGAUCAGAAAGCAGCAUGGAGGCCCCUGGGAGAAGUGACCUGCUGAGGAAACUGAAAGCCCUGGGCAAGGAGGAGUUGGAGGGAUUCAAGGAUAAACUGAGUGAAGUCCUGCUGGAGGGGGGAUCUGAGCCCAUCCCCAAAACACCAGCUGACCCGGCUGCACUAACCGACCUGGUGCUCAGGCACUGCAGAGGGGAUUCGAAAGUGGUUCUGAAAGUCCUGGAAGAUGUUGAAGGCAGACUCCGGAAAGCUUCGAGCCAUCCACAACAAGAGCGGAAGCCGUCCACUUGCACUAAAGCAGGCGAUUCAGGACCAAAGAGCCACUUCAUGCAUUCAGGCGAUGAGAUUCCCCCUGGUGAAGGAGGGACACUAGCAUCUGCAAUUGCCUUCAUGAAGAGGCAUCUUUCCUUCACUGGCUCCAAGGCCGAAGCUGCAGGAAAACAAAGCAGGAAGGAGGAUCCCACUGGGGACAACUGGGGAACGGACAAAUGCAAACUGUGUCCCAGGGAGGAGGAUCCUCCAGAAGAAAUAAACCCAGAGAUUAUUCGGGGCCCAGAUGGGCACCAGGAGACAUACAGGGUUCACCUCCCCGGAGCAGGCUCAUUCCGUUGCUCUGAAACCGAACUGGGACUCGAGGUGAGGGCAGCAGUGACUGUCCAGUACAGAUACGGCUUCUGGGAUCAGCAUCUGAGUGUAUGGAGCACUCCUAAAUGGAUGAUCGCUGGCCCUUUGUUCAGCAUCCAGGCAGAACCAGCCGGGGCCGUGGCCGCCAUUCACCUCCCGCACUUCCUGUGUCUCAGAGGGGCUGACACCUCCCGGAUUCAAAUCGCCCAUUUCAUCGAGGAGGGGAUGACCCUGGAGAAGCCAAUGCAAGUGAGGCCGUUCCACGCCGUGCUGGAGAACCCCAGCUUCUCCCUGUAUGGAGUGGUCUGGGGGAAUCGCUCCAAACCACCAGUUCUGAUCCACUCCAUUGUGCUGCUCUACUGGGCACUCAAGAUGGCAAAGACAACUCUUCACCUCUACAUCAUCCCUAAUGACCACUCCCGGUUCAAGGCCGUUGAUGACUAUGAAAAGAAGUGUCCAUCAAGGCUGGUGUCGACAUCUCUUCAGACCCAUAAGCCCCUGACCUUUGAUUCUCGUUACGUUGUGUCCAGUCAAGCAAACAUAGAGGUGACUCCCAAGGAGCUGGAGUUUUGUAACAUCCAAGCAGAGUGUCUGCAGUCGUAUAUGGAAAUCUACACCAAGGACAUUCAAGGGGGACUGGAGUUCAGCUUGGUAGAGAAAAUUAACAAGGAGCCCAUCUGGGAGGCACAUGUGAGACCAGAGGAUGCGACGCUUUCUGUUUCAUCUGCCCAAACUCAAACAGAUGAGCAUUUUGUCAACCAGCACCGAGAACAGCUGAUCCAGCGGGUGAUGGCAGUGGAUGGCAUCCUGGAUUCAUUGUCUGGCCCCGUUCUGGAUCUGGACCAAAUCCAGAGCAUCCGAGCGGAGAGAUCCAGUGUGGAGAAGAUGAGGAAGCUGUACGAGCUGGUGCCUAAAUGGGACAAUGAUUGCAAGGACCAGCUCUACCAGGCACUGAAGGAGAAGCACAGAUCUCUAGUGGAAGAGCUUGAGGGGCUAUAGAUUGUCCCUUGGGGGCAGCAGCAUUCUAGUGGGGGGACAGGAUGUGUUUCAAGAUCUUCUCCCAAUUCCAAACGACCAGCCCAACAGCCGGAGUCCAUAACCCAUAACAGUGUCAGUCAGGUGCUGGUCUUCUCCUUCUUAACACACCCAGCUUAUUGUGCUAAGGUGAAUAUUUGGUCUCGUGAUGAGAACAGCUGGGGUGUGGGAGUCGGGAUUCCUGGGUGGUGUUCCUGGCUCUGGAAGGGGAGUGGGGUUUAAUGUUUGGUGAGGGGGGCAGGGCUGGGAGUCAGGUUGCCUGGGUUCUAUUUCCUGAACCGAACUGGGGGGAUCGAACUCCUAUGAGGGAACCUUGACUUUGAAAAUGCUCUCCUGGCUACUCACUUAUUUUGGCUCCCCUUCUUCAGUUGUCUGGACUGCUGUGCUUGGGAGUCACCUUUGAGACUUCCAUGAAGGUCUGCGUAGGCAAAAGUAUCGACCCGAACAGAUCCAAUCACCAAAGAGCUCAAGUGCCUUCACUGACCACAGGGGAAUGUACAGAAAUGAUAUUAAAUCUCUCCUGUGGGGUGGGUGUGCUGGGAAUCAGACCCCCCAGUUCGGGGAGAUUAAGGUCAUCUAAAGUCCCCAGUUAUUUCCAGUGGUCUGUAGCUAAGGAAAUUGUCAAAGGUGAGUGAGCCAUUCCUGAUGCCACCUUUGCUGCUGUCAGCUAAAAUAUCAGUACUUUGCACUGACUGAGUUCCUGGAAUCCAAAGGACUCCCUGUGCUUUUGCAGUCUUGCAUCCAGAGAGUGGAAAACCUGAUCUGUGUAGGCUCCAAGGGGGUCUGAACUUGAUGGAACAAACUUUCCAGACAACAAGUCUCUCUCUCUCUCUCAAAGGUGUCACAUUAGCACUGGAGACCUCAUGGUACUGCAAAUAAGAGUAGAGCGAAUCAUGGAUUUUCUGGUUUGGGGGCUGAACCAAAAAAUCCAAACAAAAAAAUCUGUUUGAUUUGAACAGAAAAAGGUUUCUUUCCUUUUGUUGUUGAAUCGAAAAUAAUUUCUUUUAGAAUCGGCUGAAACGUUAUGUCAACACAAACCCUUUUUUUUUUUUUUUUUUAAGUUGAUUUGGCUAUUUCAGGUGUUUUCCACAUGGUUUUUUGGUUUGUUUUGAAUUGGCCAAAUUUGAAAUCAGAACACCUGCUUAAUUCAAAAAGUCUAAUCAAUUUUUUUUCCAACCGAAAGUAUUCAUCAAAUUUGAUGGGGGGUAUAGGGCUUUUCUUCACAUGGCCAAUAAUCUGUCUCACCUGAGCAAUCAUACUGACAUCAACCGCUCGUUUUUUCCAACUUCCACAUUCUUGGAAGGCAAAAGUUGGGCACCCUGGGUGCCCACAAUCGCAACACCAUCCUUAGCAAUAUGUAUUUGUCUGGUGAAAUUGGUGCCUGGGCUGGAUGUCAUGUAGUGAAUGAGAUGGGAAUUUCAUGGAUCAUCAAUGUUAAGGCCAGGAGAGACCAUUGUGAUCCUGUAGUCUGACAUCCUCUAUAACAAGCCAGAGAACCUCCCCGAAUGAACUGGACGCUCCAAUGUAGAUUCUGCUUAGAGUUAUUGUCCGUGUAUAUAUUCUAUUGUUUGGUGCAUGAGCACCCAGGGCACUCAAGCAGAACACUUUUGAUCAGCAGCACCCAUUGGGGCAGUGCAUUCACCCUGAGCACCCUCAUGACUGCAACCAAAGGCAUGGAGGGCAGGGCUAUCCCAGAUGCCCCUGAACUCCCUCUCAGCUCUGAGUUGGUGUUUUCACACUCAGCCUCUUCACGCACUAUGUGGCCUUCUUUUAUCUUGUCAAUACAUUGUAAGCAGACAGUAGUUAAGAUAAAGUUCUGGCGUUAGGUAUUUUUAGAUGGAAUUUGUCGUCGUUGUUCAGAAACUUUCCUUUUCCAUUCCUGGGAGGUACUUGGUGCUAGAGCUGGUGAAAAUUUUCAGAUGAAACCUUUUUUUUUUACCCCCACAGAAAAAUGCAUAUUCAGGUUGACCAAAACAUUUUGGAAUUCAAUUCACCAAAUUGUUUCAGCCCUCCCCCGCACCCAAAAAAAAUCCAAAAGAGAUUUAAAUGUUUUGUUUCCGCUUUUUUUUUUUUCUAAAUGAAACUUUUUGACUUGAAAUGACUUUUCAUUUUGAAUUUUACUUCCAUUUUUAUUAAAAAAGGUAAAGACCAAA